UUCAAUUCACUUCUUCCAGAAAAUUAGAGAUAGCAUGGCGUUCAAGGGAGCCCAUUUGGCCUUCAAAUCACGCUGGCAGAAGACAGAUGAGGAGCUCUGUCGGCACAGCAUGUCCUUCAUCCUGCACAAGGCAAUACGGAAUGAUUUUUUCCAGAGUUAUCUGUACCUGCUGGAAGGACUGCCUUUGGUCAAACUUUAUGCUCUGACAAGUGAAGUCAUCAAUGGCGAGAUACAAUUCUAUGCCAGAGCCAAAAGUUUCUACAGGGAAGUGCCAGCAUCAGAAAAGGGCAUGAUGGGAGAUUUCAUCGAGUUAUCCAAUACAGAUAUCGAGUCCUCUAGGGAAUUCCUUAGGAAUUUUGUAGGGGUGAGUUAUCAAUCUAAAUGAAUUGGGCCUGGCAAAACUGGCACUGACUUUGCCCUUGACUGUGGCUCAGGAAUUGGCAGGGUCAGCAAGCAUGUCCUUCUUCCUGUCUUCAAGCAUGUGGAGCUGGUGGAUAUGAUGGAAAAUUUUCUGGCCGAAGCUCGGAACUACCUGAAGGGUCAGGAGGACAGAGUUGACAUGUGCUAUUGCUGCGGCCUCCAAGAAUUCACACCCACAUCUCAAAAAUAUGAUGUCAUUUGGAUUCAGUGGGUUUCAGGAAACUUGACAGACAAGGACUUGCUCAGUUUUUUAAUCCGCUGCCAGAAUGGCUUGAAGGAGAAUGGGAUUAUCAUCCUCAAGGAUAAUGUGGCCCGCGAGGGCUGUGUCCUGGAUCCACUGGACAGCAGUGUACUCCGGGACCUGAACAUCCUCACCAGCCUCAUUGAAAAGAGUGGACUCACCAUUGUGAGGCAAGAAAAACAAGAGGGCUUUCCUGAGCAGUGUGUCCCUAUCUGGAUGAUAGCCAUGCAGAAUAAUCCCAGUCAUACCAGAAAUGGGAUGUUGUAG